AUGAUUAAACAACAGCAACUUAAGGCGCAAAGCGCCCAGGUCCUUCAGACCAUUACAUACGCCAUAUAUGCAUAUAAUUCAAAGACGGCAGAACAAACGCAAAGGUUGAAAUAUGGAGAUUUGGAGAUAGUAUUGAAAAAUGACCAUUUCGAAUUCGUUUGCAAAGGUGGUGCAGUGAUAUCAAAUAUAAAAGAAAUUUUAUUUAUGAAUUCAAAAAUUAAAGGAAUAACGGAUGAUAUAACAUCAAUUCCACCAGAAGAACAGAGAUAUUACGCAUUAAAUGCAUUUCCUAAAGUUUUGAAGAUUGGAAGAUUUAAUUUAAAUGAGGAAUUCAUAGAAGGUUUCCUAAACGACAUAAUGAAGAAGGUGGAUAAGGAAUAUGUGGAUAGUGAAUUAAAUAAGAAGGCAAAUUUGGUUUAUGUUGAUGAAAAAGAUAAUGAAAUUAAAGAAAAGGUUGAAUGGUAUCAUGAAUGGACAUCGGAGACUUUUAAAAUUAAAGCUGAUACAGGAUGGGUUUCAGGAUGUUUAGACCUUAAAGCAGAUAAAACUUAUGUAGAUGAAAAUUAUGCAAAGAAGUCGGAAGUAAAUGAUGUGAUUACAAGCAUGAAAAAUGAAAUACUUCAAACAUUAUAUCCUGUUGGUUCUAUUUAUACGUCAAUGAAUUCAACAAAUCCAGCAACAGUUUUAGGUUUUGGUACGUGGAAGCAGAUUGUAGAUAAAUUCUUAUACUGUGCUAGAUAUUCAAAGCAAACAGGAGGUUCGAAGAAAAUUAAAGAAGCAAACCUUCCACCACACACUCAUACAGGAACUACAAACUUUUCUGGCGACCAUAGACACUCAUUAAGAGACCACCCAUUAUACAACUCAGACUAUGAAGCCGGUUAUGAUGUUUUAUCUCCAGCUUAUAACGAUUCAACAAAAAAGACUUUUCGACAAACUGAACCAGGAGGAAAUCAUGUCCAUACUUUCACAACAAAUCCAACAGGCUUGG